UCUUGAGUAUCCCUUCUGUAUACUUUGGUUGGUUACUCACGAGUGUUUUGGCUUUACAAUCUCUUCACUUCACUGUGAUUCCCAGAAUGUAGUUGAUUUCUCCCAAAUCCUCUUUGUCAAACCUUUGUGCAAAUGCAACCUUUUCUCUUUUUCACAUUUCGGUAUUGUUGGAGAACCAUAACAUAUCGUCGACAUAAUGACAAACUGAGGGCAAGAUCAAGAAUGACAAAAUUAAUCUUUUCAUCUUUGAAUUUCACUGACUUGGUAUAUAUGCAUGGAUCUGAUCAGUUUGAUUUUUUGUGACCAUUUGUCGUAGGGGAUGUAUUCACAGAAACAUAUAGAUUUUAUCAUGUAAUUCUCCUUGUAGAAAUGCUGAGUGUCUUUGUAUCCAUUUGGCCAACGAACAACGAAGACCUGAUUAAAGUGUUAACCCGGUUUUCCACUACGGCACUAGGCGGAAUUUAUUUAAUUAUUCAUAUAUUUAAAAAAUUUAUGUACAUGAAUAACCACGACACAUACAUAGGCAGGUUGACCUGGUCCUAUCUCUUCGACAUUCAUCAGGUCCUGAAUGCAAGUUCAAGUGGUUGUUCUUGAACUUUAUCCGACAAAAUAUCUUCUUCAGAAAAAUCAAAUGAGACUUGUAGAAAAACUGUUAUUUAACAAAAGAAACAUCCCUUCCACGCAAACCUAUUUGAUAAUGGUUCAAAGAACUUAUAACCUUUGGGCUUUGGUUCCAUCGGGUAACCAACAAAGAUAACUGCCUUCUCAUCAAACCUCCGUCGAUUCUCUUUUGGAAUAUGAAGAAAAGCUAACUGACAAUCCCUGUUGUGGGACUUGUAGAUGCAGUUGGACUUCGGUUUCGAAGGUUGCACAUCUGGAUGACCACUGACAGCCAAAUUGAUAGCAAAUUUCCAACAAAUUGGUUGUACUACCGCCUGUCAUUAAGUUUGAAAUAAUCAUCUGUCACAAUGCCAAUAUUUGUCGACUUGUUCGUUUGUGCCACCAAGAUGAGCGAAAACCGUAACGGAAUUUACGAAGGUACCGUAAUAAAGAAAAUUGUACACAUCAUAAAUGCUUUAUUUAAUGGUAGACUUGGAGGAACAUUGCGGAUAAAGUUUGAUCCAACUUACGCACCUAAGCGACACAUAAAAGAGUCGGUUCGAAAGAUCGAGCAAAAAGUAUGUGAAUUUACCGGAGUGGCAACCCUCGUGUAUGACCUUACUAUUGUUAGGAAAAGCGAAUCUAUGGAAAUCACUGUUGCCGCGACAGACAUCAACUAUAUCUAUACUUUGAAUUACCAUUUAUAUUUACCAACUAAUCAACAAGUCAUCGAAUUAUCACCGAAAGACCCCAUAAAGAAAGUCAGGGACAUUUUGUGCAAAAACAUUCCUUCGCUAGAGGUUGUUACUCCAGGUUCACAUUUUAAAAACUUUAUAUUGGGCUCUCCAGUUGGUUUUGGUGAGUCAAAAACCGUUCAGUUCAAGAGUUUACUGGUAAAGCGAACGAAAAGCUCCAAUCUCACUCAAAGGUUGAUUAAAAAUGGUAAACUCCAGUGUUAUGUCUCGGCAUUUGCAAAUUAUAGAGGUGGCCAUAUCUAUAUUGGUAUAGACGACGAUGGGAUAGUGCAAGGAGAAACUAUCACUUUGCAGGAUCGACUUGAGCUAGAGACUGAGGUCAGUAAAGCAAUUAAGAAUAUGAUAUGGUCUGAUAACAGUCAAACGGAUGGAGAAGAGAAGCAAUGGCAGAUGGUUUUCGAAGAAGUAAAGUAUAAGAACGGGGGAAAAGUUGCUUCAACUUUCGUAAUCGUCAUUUAUGUCGCGCAACGUCUUGGAGGUGUGUUUACGCAGUUCCCUGAAUCUUACGAAAUGAGAGAAAAUGAGGCAAAAAUGAUCGAUUUUGAAACUUGGACCAAAUAUAUGGUGGAAGGUUUGGGAAGGGCGAAAGAUGGAAAUAAUGAGGAAUCAGACGAAACAAGUAAAGCAUCGUACGAACUUGACAUUGACAAAAUGCUGACAAAUCUUCUAAUUGAUGAUUGCGAGUGGAGCGACUUGAAGGAAGCAGCUGACAAGGCACGAGACCACCACGACAGCAUCGACAUCAGAUUGAUCUGUUUAUCGAAGUUGAUAAAAUUGUGUUUGAGGAAAGGUUAUUUUGAAAAAGCUGAUGAAAUGUUUAAAGAAUACAAGACAACCUUAUCGAAGUCUGAAAACGUGAAAACGUUCGAGAUCGUGGGAGAAUAUUUGAACUGUUUAAGCGAAAGAUCACGUGGUAAUUUUAAAGCAAGUUGCAAGAUUGCCAUGAAAUCAUUACAGAAACUAGAUAAGAUUCACCCUGAUAUCGUCUCAGCAGCUUAUCUUGUUCUCAUGGCAACAGUCUUCAAUAUUACAGCAAUGAAAAAAGAAGGUAAAACUGAACGGAGUCCAUUCAUCACGAGAGCAAAAGAAUGUUACUGCAAGGCUGAAAUUCACUUACAAUACGUGUCGCCUGAAUUUAAGGCAGCGAAAAUGGAUCUCCGGCAUAAGAUUAAUAUGACCAAAGCAAUGUUUUUCUCAGGAAGUUCACUUGAAGGAACAAUGCUUUUAGAUCGCGAUGUUUCAGUUAUAAAUACAGAUGAGGCGCAAAACUGCCUUGACGAAAGUCAUCACAUUGUAAUCCGCCAAAAGUCUGGGCUAAGCGAUCUUCGUUCUAUUCAAAAACUUCUCGCCCAGUCCGACUUGUUUUACCAAGCAGGAACAGUCGCUACAGCACUUAAAAAAGAGCAGGUGAUUUCGGAUGCUUUGAAGUUUGCCAAACGAGCUGAACACUUGGCUGAAGAUGCUGGCGUUCCUGAAAUGAGGCAGUAUGCUAGAAAUCGCGUUAUGGCUAUCGAAAAUCAUUUACGAACUUUGGAAACGUUGGAAAGCCAUCCAUGCAUCCCCUCACCAUAGCUUUGGACAUUGUUAUCGAACUUCGUUCAAUCAAUUAAUCCAUCAAUUAAUCAAUCAAUCAAUCAAUAUUUAAUUAAU